AUGCCUUUUGCUGAGUCACUUCCGGAUAUCCACUAUCUCUUGAAGUCGAAAUAUAUUUUUCUUUUUCUUUCUUUCCGUCUUUCAUUACUUUCUUUUUCUUUCCUUCUUUCUUUCCACCUUUAUUAUUUUCUUUCCUCCUUUCUUUCCUUCUUUCUUAUUUUCUUUCUUUCCUUCUUUCUUAUUUUCUUUCUUUCUUGUUUUUAUUUUUUAUUUUCUUUCUUUUCUUCUUUUAUUUCUUUUCUUUUUCAUUAUUUCCUUUCUUUCUUUCGUUCAUUCCUUUCUUUAUUUUCUCAUUCUUUCCUCUUUCUUUCGUUUCGUCUUUCUUUCCUUCUUUCUUUCUACUUCACUUAUUUUCUUUCCUCCUUUCUUUCUGUCGUUCUUUCUUAUUUUAUUUCUUUCAUCCUUUCUCAUUUUCUUUUCAUCCUUCUUUCUUCCCGUCUUUCUUAUUUUUAUUCCUUGUUCUGUUUGUCUUUCCUUCACCUUUUCUGCACACGCACUUUUCCCUUUCCUACUUAUUACCCGCACCUUUCAAAAAUACUAUUUCUCUGUCUCUCACACUCUCACUCUUACUCGCUCAAAUAUGCAUACAUUUCUCCCUCUCUCUCUCUCUCUCUCUCUCUCUCUCUCUCUCUCUCUCUCUCUGAUGCACAUAACCUCAACCACGCCUUCACUUUCAAAUGGCUGAAUGGAUACUCUUCUUUCUUUCUUUCUUUCUUUCUUUCUUUGUGUGUGUAUGUGUAUCUAUCUGUUGUUAUUGUUGAUGAUGAUGAUGUUCGUCUUCUUCUUCUUCUUCUUCUGUAUACCGUGUUUAUUCAGGUUGUUAUUGUUGAUGAUGAUGAUGUUCGUCUUCUUCUUCUUCUUCUUCUUCUGUAUACCGCGUUUAUUCAGGUUGUUAUUGUUGAUGAUGAUGAUGUUCGUCUUCUUCUUCUUCUUCUUCUUCUGUAUACCGUGUUUAUUCAGGUUGUUAUUGUUGAUGAUGAUGAUGUUCGUCUUCUUCUUCUUCUUCUUCUGUAUACCGUGUUUAUUCAGGUUGUUAUUGUUGAUGAUGAUGAUGUUCGUCUUCUUCUUCUUCUUCUUCUGUAUACCGCGUUUAUUCAGGUUGUUAUUGUUGAUGAUGAUGAUGUUCGUCUUCUUCUUCUUCUUCUUCUUCUUCUUCUGUAUACCGUGUUUAUUCAGGUUGUUAUUGUUGAUGAUGAUGAUGUUCGUCUUCUUCUUCUUCUUCUGUAUCGUUUAUUCAGGUUGUUAUUGUUGAUGAUGAUGAUGUUCGUCUUCUUCUUCUUCUUCUUCUUCUUCUUCAGUGUGUUGUGUCUCUUCAGGACGUAG